AUGCCGUCCAACUUGCUUCUUUUCGUUCGUAUAUUUAGAGGUGAAAACGCCCAGUUAAAGAUUUUGAGGUUAUACGCUGCUUUAGGUAUUAUUAUAGCCGUGUGCAUUGGUACCGCUAAAAUGGCCCCUUUGGAAGGUUCUGAAUUGGCUGUUAUACAAGCCAACGGAAAGUUUACGAAUAAUCUGUAUAAAGAGUUAGCUAAGCAGGAAGGGAAUGUUUUCUUUUCGCCUAUUAGCGCCCAUGCUGUUCUCAGCAUGGCUUACCAGGGGGCCAAUGGGGACACAAAGGCCGCCUUUGCUUCCACUUUGGGGGUCCCCGAUAAUAAACUAGCAGCUAAUGGCUACAGCAAAAUUAUGGAUCGUCUGAACAGUGUUGAGAAUGUAACCCUACUUAUGGCCAACAAAGUUUUCCUCAAGUCUGGUUUGGCUCUGCAAGAGGAGUUCGGUAAAACUGCCAAGGAAGAUUUCAAAUCGGAGGUUCAGCAAGUUGAUUUUGCUAAAAACGUGGCAGCCGCCCAGACAAUUAACAGUUGGGUCGAGGACAAGACCAAGAAUAAGAUUAAGGAUUUGAUAACUCCUGAUAGUUUGGAUGGUAUGACUCGUUUGGUGCUUGUUAAUGCCAUCUACUUUAAAGGCGACUGGCUGUCGAAAUUCGACAAGGCAAACACGCGCAAGAUGCCGUUUUACACGAGCGAAACCGUGAAAUCCGACGUCGACAUGAUGUUCCGCAAGGGCGAGUACAAAUACAAAUUCGACCGUGACCUCGACGCUCAAGUUUUGGAGCUGCCCUACAAAAACCGCGACCUCAGCAUGAUAGUAGUGCUUCCCAACAAAAAGGACGGCAUCAAAGGGUUAGAACAAAAAUUGGCCGCCACCGACAUCACCAAGGUCACCGAGGGUAUGUACCCAACCGACGUUGAGGUCUUCCUGCCCAAGUUCAAAAUCGAAACAACCAUAGACUUGAACCAACAUUUAGAAAACAUGGGUCUAGGAGUGAUGUUUUCCGACAACGCAAACUUCGACAAAAUGAUCACCGGAAAUGAACCGUUGAAAGUCAGCAAGGUCAUCCAAAAGGCCUUCAUCGAGGUCAACGAGGAAGGCUCCGAAGCUGCGGCAGCUACCGGUGUUUUGAUACGAAUGCGGCGUGCAUUGUUGGGCGAAGAGUUCCUUGCGGAACACCCGUUUAUCGUGAAUAUCGUUAAGUACGAGUAUUUGGCAGAAGACGAGCCAAAAGUUGCUCAUUUGUUGUUUCAUGGAAAAAUUACCGAACCACCGAAAUCAACCGAAAUAUCUCAUGAUGAAUUUUAA